GCACGCGAAAAUAGUGUAGGCACAAUUUGUGGAAAGAAAAAACAAACACCACAAACAGCAUGCGGUCCAACUCCGAAAAACCCUAAUUCAAAUUCUCGCUCUUGCCGUUCACGUCAUUCUUAAACCCUACACCGGCUUUUACUUUCACUCUUAUUAUUAUUAUUACUUUCAUUUUUUUUCCCCUUAGUUUCCAUACGCCUUCGCCUUAUGUACAUAAACAAAACAAAAAAUAUGUUUUGACCGUUCCUUUCAAUUCUUCGCUCACCGCUCUCUGAUUCCUUCUCCAGAAGACACAUUACAAGGAAAGAGGGUUUUUACUUUUUUUAGUUUAAUUAUUUUUGGGGGCGAGAAUGGAAGCACGAGUGGCGGGGACGGUAGUUGAAGGUGGACAAAGAGUUUUAAAUAAUCAACAAUCUCAGAUUGGAACGGUUUCUCAGCUUGUUGCCGGUGGUUUGGCUGGUGCUUUUGGAAAGACCUGCACUGCUCCUCUUUCGCGACUCACAAUUCUUUUUCAGGUGCAUGGUAUGCAUUUUGAUGUGGGCCAUGUUGCAGCACUGAGUAAGCCCAGCAUGUUGUAUGAGGCUCAACGUAUUGUCAAUGAAGAAGGAUUUAGAGCAUUUUGGAAAGGCAAUUUGGUGACAAUAGCUCAUCGUCUCCCUUAUUCUGCAGUCAAUUUCUACACCUAUGAAUGCUACAAGAAUCUAUUGCAUUCUGUUAUGGGGGAGAAUCAUAGAGGAAAUGCUAGUUCUGACGUCUUUGUGCAUUUUGUCAGUGGUGGUUUGUCAGGCAUGACGGCUGCUUCGUCCUUAUAUCCUUUGGAUUUAGUAAGAACACGGCUUGCAGCACAGAGAAAUGUGAUAUACUACAGGGGAAUCUCACAUGCGUUUAGUACCAUUUGCAGAGAAGAAGGAUUUUUUGGCAUGUAUAAGGGACUUGGUGCAACGUUGUUGGGUGUUGGGCCUAGCAUAGCUCUAAGUUUUUCCGUUUACGAGAGCUUGCGCUCUUUUUGGAAAUCUCAAAGGCCGGAUGAUUCUACUGCCAUGGUCAGUCUUGCUUGUGGAAGUCUUUCAGGCAUUGUAUCAUCAACAGCAACUUUUCCAUUGGAUCUUGUAAGGCGAAGGAUGCAGUUGGAGGGAGUUGGUGGUCGAGCACGUGUCUAUAAUACCAGUUUGUUCGGGACAUUUGGUCACAUAUUUCGGAAUGAAGGGAUAAGAGGUUUGUAUAGAGGCAUUUUGCCGGAGUACUACAAGGUUGUUCCUGGUGUAGGCAUUGUCUUUAUGACUUAUGAGACAUUGAAGAGUCUUCUAUCUAGCAUUCAAAGUCAUUAGCCCACUUUUUCCCCUAAUAUAUGAUAUGAUACCCAUAACUUUAGUCAUAUACUUGCUAGGAAAUUUUGUGGUGUUGGAUUUCAUACUGGUAGCCAUUGACUCAUUUUUUUGUCUGCGUAUAGGUAGUUAUAGUUGAGAAUGAGUAACACAUGUACCCAUGCGAAGUUUAGGUUGAAAUCUUUGUAGUUAAUAAGAACAAUAGUUAUCUUUUUUUUUUUUGGAUCAUGCCACGUUUUAGAUUUUCUCCAAGACAAAACUUGGAAGCCACAAUUUAUACGAGUAUUAGCAUUUUAUAUA